GUGCAUGUGUCGGCUUGUAAUAAUAAUAAAUAAUAAAUAAUUCGAGUUGUUGACUUGAUGAAAACGUCGAGUUGGCAAGAAUAAAAAAAAAGAUUUUUUACAACCUGACAAACAAAAUACAACAAAAACUUUGUUUAUGUGUAUAUUAAUGUAAAAAUAAUUUAUACUAUUAAUUUGUAAUGUUUUAUUAAAAGUUGGUAAAUUUAUUUUAUUAAAAAUAUGAUGGAUAAAAAAUUGGGUCGGGUUGAUGACCUGGUGCAAUCAGUUAGUUUGCAUAAUCCACGUAAACUUUUAUUAAAUGGUUAUGUAUUACCAUUUUUAACACUUGAAAUAGCAUGGAUAUUUAAUUGGAUAUUUGUUUAUGGUAUUGAUGAUUAUUUUCAUGAGGGUCUUGUCGGAAUUGGUGCAAUUGGAGUAUUACAAAUAUUUUUAUGUCUUUGUUGUCAAUGGUCUGUUCAUGUUUACUGUUUUCUCAAUUGCAGUUCAUCUAAAGAUCCAUACAAAUCUACAGUUGUCAAAGUAAUACCAACACCAAAUAAUGGAAGUUCUGAGCUAGUAAAAUUGCAUCAAGCAAAAAAUAAAGAACCAUGGUUUAUAUUUCAAAAAACAAAAUAUUAUUGGAGCUCUGAAAAAAAUGAAUUUUGUGGUUUAAAUUUUCCAAUAAAUAAUACAAUAAAAUAUUAUUGUGAUUGGAGAGGUUAUCAAAAUGAAAAUGAUAUAUUAGAUACUGAAGAAAAAUAUGGAACAAAUAAAUUGGAUAUGUUUAUACCAGAAGCAUGGGAAUUAUUUAAAGAACGUGCUGUUGCACCAUUUUUUGUAUUUCAAAUUUUUUGUGUAUCAUUAUGGUGUUUUGAUGAAUAUUGGUAUUACAGUAUAUUUACAUUAAUUAUGUUAACAAUGUUUGAAUAUAUAUUGGUACGUCAACAAUUACGUAAUAUGGCUGAAAUUCGUAAAAUGGGUAAUAAACCAUAUAUGAUAAAUGUAUAUAGAAAUCGUAGAUGGAGAAUGAUGUUUACUGAUCAAUUAAUACCUGGUGAUAUUAUAUCAAUAACAAGAUCAAUAAAUGAUCAUUUAGUACCUUGUGAUAUAUUAUUAUUAAAAGGACAAUGUGUUGUUGAUGAAAGUAUGUUAACUGGUGAAUCAGUACCACAAAUGAAAGAAUCAAUUGAUGAUAUUGAUGAUAAUAAUAAUACAUUAAAUAUUGAUAGUAAACAUAAAAUUUAUGUAUUAUAUGGUGGUACUAAAGUUGUACAACAUACACCACCAAAUAAAAAUUCAACAUUAAAUGCAACUGAUAAAGGAUGUAUUGGUUAUGUAUUACGUACUGGUUUUUCAACAUCACAAGGAAAAUUAUUAAGAACAAUAUUAUUUGGUGUUAAACGUGUUACAGCAAAUAAUCUUGAAACAUUUGGUUUUAUAUUAUUUUUAUUAAUAUUUGCAAUUGCUGCUGCAUCAUAUGUAUGGAUAAAUGGUACAGCUGAUCCAACAAGAAGUCGUUAUAAGCUAUUUUUAGAAUGUUGUUUAAUAUUAACAUCAGUUAUACCACCAGAAUUACCAAUUGAAUUAUCACUUGCAGUUAAUACAUCAUUACUUGCAUUAUCAAAACUUGAUGUUUAUUGUACUGAACCAUUUAGAAUGCCAUUUGCUGGUAGAGUUGAUGUAUGUUGUUUUGAUAAAACAGGUACAUUAACAAGUGAUAAUUUAGUUGUUGAAGGUAUUACUGGUAUUGAUGGUAGUGAUUGUAUUAUUGAUGCUGAUGAAUCAUCAAUUGAAAGUAUACAAGUAUUAGCAACAUGUCAUUCAUUGGUACAACUUGAUGAUGGUAUUGUUGGUGAUCCAUUAGAAAAAUCAACAUUAAAAGCUGUUAAAUGGAAUUUAACUAAAAAUGAUGCUGUUGUACCAUUAAAAGGAAAAUUACGUGCAUUAAAAAUUGUACAUAGAUAUCAUUUUUCAUCAUCAUUAAAAAGAAUGUCUGUUAUUGCUGGUUAUAAUAUGCAAAAUUCAACUGAAACAAAUUAUAUUGUAACAGUUAAAGGUGCACCAGAAACAUUACAAAGUAUGUUUAUUGAUAUACCAAAAAAUUAUGAAAAUAUUUAUUUAUCAUUUUCAAGAAGAGGUGCAAGAGUAUUAGCAUUAGGACAUAAAAAAUUAACAGGACCAAUGACAUCACAAGAUUUACGUUCACUUACAAGAGAUCAAGUUGAAAAAGAUUUAACAUUUGCUGGUUUUGUUAUAAUAAGUUGUCCAUUAAAACUUGAUUCAAGUAAAGUUAUUAAAGAAAUUAUUAAUGCAUCACAUAUUGUUGUUAUGAUAACUGGUGAUAAUCCAUUAACAGCAUGUCAUGUUGGUAAAGAAUUAUAUUUUUCUGAUAAACCAACAACACUUAUAUUAACAAAGCAUAUUGAUAAUUAUCGUUGGGAAAGUGUUGAUAAAGAAAUUAUUGUACCAUUUGGUUAUGACAACAUUAAAAAAUCAAAUGAAAUAUGGAAUACAUAUGCUUUAUGCUUAACUGGUGAUGGUAUUGAUUAUUUAAAAAAUAAUCAUACAGAUAUUUUAAUGAAAUUAUUACCACAUGUUGUUAUACAUGCACGUUGUGAACCAAAACAAAAAGAAUUUAUAAUAAUAUCAUUACAAGAACUUGGUUAUACAACAUUAAUGUGUGGUGAUGGUACAAAUGAUGUUGGUGCAUUAAAACAUGCACAAGUUGGUGUUGCAAUAUUAUCAAGUCCACCAGAAAAAUUAUUAUCAAAUAAAAUUGAUAAUUCAUCAGCAAAUAAAAGCUCAACAACAACAACAACAGCAACAACAACAUCAUCAACCACAUCAAUCACAAAUAAUACAUCUAAAAAUUUGACAAAACAACAAUUAAAUAAUGUUCAAUUACAACAAUUAUUACAAGAAAUUGAUGAACAAGAACGAGCAACAAUUGUUAAAUUAGGUGAUGCAUCAAUUGCAGCACCAUUUACAAGUAAAUUAUCAUCAAUACAAUGUAUUUGUCAUGUUAUUAAACAAGGAAGAUGUACACUUGUAACAACAUUACAAAUGUUUAAAAUAUUGGCAUUAAAUGCACUUGUACUUGCAUAUAGUCAAUCAGUUUUAUAUUGUUCUGGUAUUAAAUUUAGUGAUUCACAAGCAACUGUACAAAGUUUUCUUUUGUCAUUUUCAUUUUUUUUUAUAUCAAGAUCAAAACCACUAAAGACACUUUCAAAACAGAGACCAUUACCAAAUAUAUUUAAUUUAUAUACUAUUUUAACUGUUUUACUACAAUUUUCAGUACAUUUUGUAUGUCUUAUAUAUUUGGUUAGAGAAGCAACUAUUUAUUCACCACCAGAAGAAAAAUUACGAGCUCUUUUAGGAACUUCAAAUGUUACAGAAACUGUUGUUAAUGAUGCUGAAGAAGUUGAAGAAAUAUUUGAAGCUAAUGUUGUCAACAGUGCUGUUUACAUUAUUUCAUUGGCACUUCAAGUAUCAAACUUUGCUGUCAAUUAUAGGGGGGUACCUUUUAUGGAAGGUUUGACUGAAAAUAAACCAUUGUUUUAUUCACUCGUUGCUAGUUUUGGUCUUAUUAUAGGCUUGACCUGUAAUUUAAUACCACCAAUGGCUGAAAUGCUUAAAAUUGUUGAUUUUCCAGAUGAAUUUCGUAAAAUAUUAAUCAUGGUAUUGAUUGGUAAUUUUAUGGCAACAUUUGCUGUUGAUAGAUCAUGUCGCUGGCUAUUUGGCGAAGGCGAAUUGAAAAAAUUGUGAUUUAAAAUUGCAAAUUAGAAAUAAUUUAAAAACAAAAAAAAAGAAUACUGUCAAACAAAUGAUAAAUAAUUAAUAGAAAAACAAGAAAAAAAAGUUUUUCUCUCUUGGGAAUAAUUUUUAGUUUAUGCUCACAAUAAAAAUUGUAUUUUUUUUUUUUUUUUAAUCUAGAAUUUUCAAUAAAUCUUAGGAACAAUGAAUUUAGUUAAUUUAUAAAAAUACAAUAAUACGUAAAUAUAUUGAAUGUGGCAAAUUUUGAUGUAUAAAUAUCGAUUAUCAUAAGCAUAAUUUAAAGUCAUAACAUUCCAAUUGUUUGUGAAUAUUUAUUCAACUACGUGUAUCCAAUAUUUUUCGUCACUUUCUCAUAAUACCAUUUCACGAAAUAAAAAAUUUUUAGCAUCUUUUUUUUUUUUUUUUUAUAAAUAAAAGAAUAAAAAAACUUAAGAAAUAAAGAAAAACAGUAAUUGUAAACAGUUAAAAUAAAAAAAAAAAAAAAGGCUGAUUGAAAAUUAGAUUUAACGUGCAAUUAAUUGAUUGUUUUUUAAUUAAUAAAUGUAAUAGAAAAAUAAUAAAUAAAAUAAACAUUGUAAGUAAAU